CCUCCCUCCUCCUCAUUAUUCUCUCUCACUUCAGCAAUCCACGGGAAAAGUAGAUCAUCUGGUGAGGAUGGUAAAACAGGGAGAUUCCAUAUCCCAUCAACAAUUGUUUAGGAUAUUCGACCUCCAGAAUGAAAAGAUUACACACAUUCUCACUGAUUUACCUGCAAGCUACCGAGAGAUGUGUUUCAUGAAAACCAGUGACUACUACCAAAAUCUCUUCGUCCACUUAUGUCAGAAUGUUGAAACAGAGAGUGAGAGCAACGAUGGCGAAUUUCGGCGAUGUAUCGAGGCGGAGAUCAAUUACUUGAAGCAAAACCCAGGAGAGGAUCCAAGACCCCUGGGCCACUUAACCCGGAUCUGGAUCUCUCAAUACCCUAAUCGCCUGAUUGCUGCAUUCAAGGAAUUCGAGCAUCUCGAAAGAUCAGGGAAUAUUAAUGGCACAUCAUUAAUGCAAAUGAAUGAUGCCGUACUAGAUUACUACACUACCAUCAUAUUACCGACUACAGAGAGUAAUCUUCCAGCAACUGGCGUCGAGGUGACGAGAAACAAAUUCGUCGUUCCUGGACCACCCCCGUCAUCUGUUUCAAGGCGCAUGGGACCACCUACCCCAGGAGGUCUGUCUUCGGCGGGAGAGAUGUCGGCGGUCGAAUCCGCAAACGAAUUCAAUACUGGUUUUAUGAAACACCUUAAGCGAAGAAGAGUAACCUUAAUGGUCGGAGCGACGAUGAAUUUCAAGUAUCAGGAAUGUGGUGCACGACAUACUAAAAGUAAAAGUGUAAUUAUGGCGACAAAAUAUCACAAGAAUAUUGUUGAGAACUCGGCCUCGCAGCUGAUGACAUACCUCCAAGAAACAGAUGACGAACCCGGAAUGAAGCAUUGGGAUAGUCAAUUCCGCAUGUAUACUUCUAAAAGCAUCUUAAAGAAGGAAAAUGUCAGUCUUGAAAAGUUUGUGGAAUACUGGAAAAAGGGUGAAGCUAAAGAACUAUCCUCGGGCACAGUUGAAAGGAAGAGGUACCAGAAACAGAGUGAAAGUCUGGAAAGGCCAACCAAGAGGAGGAAAUAUGCUCAUGUUACCAACCGUCGCAGCAGCAAUGAAAUUGAUGAGCUGUCAUCUGAGUCGGAAGACUCACAAGAUUCACUCAAAAAGCAACUCAUGGGCCUCCCAAAGAAGAAGGAUCGCAGCAACAAUUCCCACUCCGAAGCGACGGCCUGGGACUACCUGACCAAAUCCCACAUUUUUGUUGAACCUAAAGGAAAGGGUAAUAAUGGAAACAGGCAUAAGAUGUGCUAUGAGCUUCCCCUAACUAGAUGGCCAUAUAUCCCAAAGGACAAGAAAGGCCAUUCAUAUGUACCAGGGGGCCUCGAGCAACCUAGACGCGGGAGGCAGUUGGCCACCGAGUUGAAAAUUUUUAUAUACAAUUGUUUAACAAACAUUUCUGAUAAAGUAGAAUGGGAUCGCAAAGAAAAAGCUAUGAAAGCUGUACGGACAAGAGUCCUGAAAAGGAGCAUCAGAUCCAUAACACGACACGACCCCAUACAAACAUUAUGGGACGAUAUACCUAAAAAGUUUAGGGCCAAGGCUAUCACACUAAUGCACUAUAGGAUAAUAGCCUCUGCAUGCCUUGACCUUGUUUAUGUCGGGUGGAAUACUCCAUUGCAUAUAGAUGUCGCCGAAGAACCGGUUAACAUGGCAUUGAGGGUCAUUAAGAUGGGAUACCGAAAAUUUAAAAUCCCAGGAUUUAGAGACUAUGGUCACUCAUCCACUGCCAGUUCUGCCAGUUCCAUCGCCAACAUCACUGACCCCACCAACUCUGCCAGUUCCGCCACCGCCACCGCCACCGCCACUGCCACCGCCACCACCACCGCAACCGCCACCACCAAUCCGCCACCACCACCACCACCGACCACGCUGUCUCUACCUCCAUCUCCACCUCCAUCGUCGACCCCCUUGCCGCCGUCAUUCCCACAACUACCGACCACGCUGUCUCUGCCUCUGCCUCCGCCUCCACCUCCACAUCCACCUUCUUCGUCGACCCGCUUGCCGACGUCAUCCGGCCACCAUCACGGGAGACAGCAGUCGAUGCACCACCGCCACCGACCACGCCACUUCCAUCUCCACCUCCACCUCCAUCGUCGACCCCCUUGCCGCCGUCGUUCCCAUCGCCACCGACCACUCUGCCUCUGCCUCCACCUCUACCUCCAUCGACGACUGCCUUGCCGACGUCCUUUUCACCAUCACGGGAGACAGCAGUCGCUGCACCACCGCCACCGACCGCGCCACUUCCACCUCCACCUCCAUCGGCUACCCCCUUGCCGCCGUCAUUCCCAUCGACACCGCCCAUGCUACCUCUGCCUCCACCUCCACUUCCAUCGACGACUCCCUUGCCGACGUCAUUCCCACCACCACGGGAGACAGCAGUCGCUGUACCACCGCCACCGACCAUGCUGCCUCCACCUUUAUCUCCACCUCCACCUCCAUCGACGACUCCCUUGCCGCCGUCAUUCCCAUUGCCACCGACCACUCUACCUCUGCCUCCACCUCCACCUCCAUCUCCGCCGUCGUGAUGAUGUGCACACAGAGGAAGAUCCACUAUCAUUUUCAACCGAUAGUGAGUUAAAUCGUGAUGGUGUGCACACAAAGGCAGAUCCACUAUCAUUUUCAACCGAUAAGAAGUUAAAUCGUGAUGGUGUGCACACAGAGGCAGAUCCAUUAACAACUCCAUUAGUCUCUCCGUGUAUAGAGGGAGCACCUGCGUCGAUUCCUUUAGCGCCAUCUCCAUUAAGUCCUUGGGCAUUUCGGUGGCCUCACCUUUAAUACCAUAUACUGUAAUAAACGCCGAUGAGAGAGCACAUUGCACACCCACACAUACACACACACACACACACACGCACACGCACAUGCACACGCACCUAACACACCUAACACGAGAACUCAU